CGAGAAGAGUCAAACAUGAAAAGGAAGAAGGGGUUAGGUUUCCCACCGCCACCCCUCUCUUCGAGCGGGCGUGGCGAAUGGCAGGUCCCAAGGCCGCAGCUUCCGCCGGCGCCGGUGGCUGGGCUCGCCUCUGCCCUGGGUCGUGGGGUCCUUUUUGGCACCAAGGCCGCAGCAUUCAUGAUGAACGUAAUUCAGAUUGUUCGUGACCACUGGGUACAUAUACUUGUGCCUGUGGGAUUUGUCCUUGGAUGUUAUCUAGACAAAAAGAACGAUGAAAAGCUAACUGCCUUCCGGAACAAGAGUUUGUUGUUUAAAAGAGAAUUGAGACCCAAUGAAGAAGUCACCUGGAAGUAAAGGCUGUGACUGAAAUACAGAAUGUUCACAUUUUAAAAAUUGGGAGAGAAAUAAAAACACAUUCAUUAUUUAA